AGAGAAACGGGGCUAAAUUAGAUGUUUCAUCAGAAAAUCGAUAAAAUGUAUCUAUCGAGUAUACAUACUACUAAUACGAUUAAGAAAAGGCGAACCGGAUAUGCAACGCAUAUAACAAGCUGCCAUAAGACGAUGGUGAUGAUGAUGAGCAUGUUCGACCCAAGUGAUUUGACUGUCCGAUUUGUUUUCUUUUUAUUUGCAACAGUGUAUUUUUGUACUCGCAGGUGUCCUUUUUCUUUUUUCUUUUUCUCUAUAAAACAAAAUGAAGUAUACUUUUAUUUCAGUUCCUGCCUUGGGAGAUAAGCAGAACACAUUUUUGAAUAUUAAAGCCAAAUUGACUGAAUAUGCUCAAACUUAUCAGUUCAAUAUCCCAGAAUUUAAGAUUGGUACUUUGGAUGCUUUAGUUGUUUUAUCUGAUGACCUCGUCAAAUAUGAUACCGUUUUUGAACAAUCUGUUAAUAAGAUGGCUGACAUGUUGAACACCUUAUUGAGAGGUCAACAAGUCAAUCUUCAGGAUCAGUUGUUAGUUAAUGACAAGUCUAUUGAUCAAUACAUUACUACUUUCCAAUGGAAUACCAUGAAGUAUCGUACCGAUAAGUCUUUGCAGGAGACUACCGCAACUUUAAGCCAGGAAGUUACCGCUAUUGAUAAUAUCAUGAAGACUAAAAUGAAUGUUUAUACCCAGAACAAGAAUUCGCUUCAAACAUUACAACGCAAGCAAACCGGUAACUUGUCUGUUCGUAACUUGAACGGUAUCGUCAAGAAGCAGCACUGUGUAUUGAACUCUGAUUUUUUGACUACUUUGAUUGUCGCCGUUCCUAAAGCGCUUUACAAACAAUGGAACAACAAAUAUGAAACUUUAACAGAUAUGGUCGUUCCUCGUUCUUCAGUUAAAAUUGCUGAGGAUGAAGAAUUUGGAUUGUUCACUGUUACAGUGUUCCAAAGAGCUGUCGACGAGUUUGCUCACAAGGCAAGAGAAGAAAGAUUUAUUCCUCGUGAUUUCACCUAUGACGAAGACGCUCUCCAAACUCAACAUCGUGAAUUGGAAGAAGCAUCUGCUACUGAACGCGAACAGCAAUCCGAAUUGUUACGUUUGACCAAGACUAACUUUGGGGAAAUCUUUGCCUCUUGGUUACAUUUGAAGGCUCUUCGUGUAUUCGUUGAGUCUGUUCUUCGUUACGGUCUGCCUCCAGAUUUUGCUUCCGUUACAAUCUCACCAAAACCCAAAUUCGAUAAAAAGGUAGAUGAAAUUAUGGUCGCUCAGUAUGGUCGCUUAGGCGGUGUCCAUGGUCAAUCAUUCAAGAAUGACAACCAAGAAGAACUUUUGGAUCAUGACUUACAAUCUGUCAAUGAUAGUAGCUACCGACCUUACGUUCAAUUUGAACUUGAUUUCGAUUAUGAACGCAGAUAA